AGCGGGCAAAAACAAACGGGCAGAUGUUUGGCGGGUGAUUUUAUUGCUCAAUUUUACAUCAAUAAAACCUGAAAUUACAUUAAAAACAACCACGUUUACUGACGGAUUAACCAAUAAAACCUUUGCACAAUGAAACGAAGUUGAAAAUAAAGAGGGAUUUCGCCGCAUUGAGUGAAAGAGAUGAUGGCAGGAAGGGGCAGAGGGCAGCUCACUUUCUCUGUGGAGAUAGUUGGGAUCGGUAAAGGUGAAAAUCUCCCUCCGUCCUGCAUCCAGCCGACACCUCUGUUCCCCCCUCUGGAUCAGAAGCCAGUGCCCCUGCAGGCAGGUGAGGAGGCCGAGUACAUGCUGGCCCUCAAACAGGAGUUUAGGGGAGCCAUGAAGACGCUCCCGUUUUACAUCCGUCCAGCGGCUCCCAAGAAAGAUGUGGAGCGUUAUUCUGACAAAUACCAAAAAAACGAAAGCUUUGACAAUAGUUUGGAGUGGAAGCCAGACUGGAGGCGUUUGCCGAAGGAGCUGCGUGUGAGAGAGAAGAGACCCCAGAGAGACAAAAGCCAAGCUGUUCCCAAACGAGCCAAACAAGCACGAGUGGACAAAGAGGAGAUCAUACGCAAACUGGAGACUCUGGAGCAGAAAGAGAAAGAGGGGAGUUCGGAUGAAGAGGAGGGAGAGAAGAAGAAGCCAGAAGAGGAAGAGGCCGAGGCAGAGAAUGAGUACGAUGAAGAGGAAUUUGAGGAUGAAACGGAUUACAUCAUGUCCUACUUUGAAAACGGAGAGGAGUUUGGUGGAGACAGCGAUGAAAACAUGGAUGAAGCCAUUUACUGAAGCAGACGCCGGUUCUCCCGGAAGAGUUCUGUCCCUCAGGAGGACUCCAGGCUGGAUCAUUGUGUUUGGCAGCUGAUGUUGAAUCUGUAUGCAGCAGAUUUCCUCUCAUCCGAUCGGCUUGAUUUGCUGAAUCCAAAAGCCACGGCUGGAGGACACAGAGAAAGGCAUAAACUUCUCUAUUAAUGCAGCUAUUCAUUCCCAGAGCUUUUUAAAUGAUAAAUAGUGCACAACAAAAACCUUUUAUUUAGGAUGUUAUAAAUGUGUUUUAGCUCGAGUUUUAGAUUUAGCUAACGUUGUAUUUGCUGUAUAGAUUUUAUACUUUGUAUCUUAGAUUUAUGAGCACAUGUAGACUGUUUAUUUUUCUCAAGUCAAGUGGUUGUAAAUAUUUUUGUUAUCGUGGUUUUAUGUAAUAAAGUCACACAUUCAA